ACCCUGCAUCCUACCAUCACCUUCACCUAUUCUUUAUUUUCCAUGGAUACUUCUUUCAGAAGAAUCGCCAUGUCUGCACUUCUACUUCUCUUCUUCACUCUCCUAACAGGUUUAUUAAGAGAAGUCGAAUGCCUCGGCAUAAACUACGGCCAAGUUGGCAACAACUUACCUUCGCCGGAAAAAGUCCUGCAACUCUUGCAAGCCCUCACCAUCACAAAAGCAAGAAUCUACGACACAAACCCUCAGAUCUUGAAUGCGUUCGCGAAUUCCAACGUUGAACUCAUCGUCACGGUCGAGAAUCAAAUGCUGUCCACCUUAGGCGGCGACCCGCAGCAGGCGCUGCAAUGGGUGGCCACCCACAUUGUGCCGUACAUUCCGGCCACGAAGGUCGUCGGAAUCGCCGUCGGCAACGAGAUUUUCACCGACGGCGACCCUUCCUUAAUCCCUCACCUCGUACCCGCCAUGGUUAACAUCCAUGCAGCGCUCGUGAGAGAGGGGCUUGACCAAACCAUCCACGUCUCCUCCCCGCACUCCGUCGCCGUCCUCGCCAGCUCCUUCCCGCCGUCCGCCGGCUGUUUCCGGCCGGACCUCGGCGAGACGAUGGGGCAGUUUUUGCAGUUCUUGGCGGCGACGAAAUCGCCGUUCUGGAUCAACGCUUACCCGUACUUCGCAUACAAAGACGACCCGGAUCAGAUUUCUCUAGAUUACGUCCUCUUCAACCCAAACUCCGGCACCGUUGACCCGUUGACCAAGCUCCGCUACGACAACAUGCUGUACGCUCAGGUGGACGCCGUGAUCUUCGCCAUUUCCCGGAUGGGAUUCUCCGGCUUGGAUGUGAGGGUUUCGGAGACGGGGUGGCCGUCGAAGGGCGGGGCCGACGAGAGCGGCGCCACGCCGGAGAACGCCGCGAUUUAUAACAGGAACUUGAUGGGCCGGCAGGCGGCGCAAGAAGGGACGCCGUACCGGCCGAAGGUGGGAUUAGAAGCUUACGUUUUCGCUUUGUUUAAUGAAGAUAUGAAGCCUGGGCCCACCUCGGAGAGGAACUAUGGCUUGUUCCGACCAGAUGGAACAAUGGCUUAUAAUGUCGGCAUAGGUUCCUCACCAUCGUCGUCGACCUCACCAGCUUCCGCCGCUCCCGUGUAUUCCUCUGCAAUAAAGGCAAAAGAAAUGGACUAUCAAAGCUUGGUGUACUGGAUGUUUGUAUAUUUGCUGGCCUGGAUUACAUGUUUUCAUCAUUAUUAAACUAGAAGAGCCAAUAAAGUGCAUGAGGGAAUUGAAGGAUAAUCAGCGAAUCUCACCGAUUAUAUUGAUUGAAGUAGGAAAUUGAAUGUACAAUAUGUUAUUAUUAGUUAAUGAAUUUGUUGUUGUAUAUUAAUUAAUGAGUAGGAAUUGAAAUGAAAUUCAUUGAAUGGACAAAUUAAUCCUAUGGGGAUGGAUUCUCUCA